AUGAAAUCGAAACCCACCAGUCCCAUUCCGGCUCAUGGGCCGACCGUUCAAUGCACGUUUCUAGAGGAAGGACGGAUAAUGAUGGUGGCAAUGAAUCGACCGAAAUACUUGAACUCGAUGACGGACGAGAUGCAAAGCGAGUUGGAACGUGUGUUAGAUUAUGCAGAGGAUGAGCCUUCUAUCUGGGCGAUCGUCAUCACAGGCACAGUCACUCCGAAUGUCACCAAGGCUUUUUGCGGAGGACAGGAUCUAAAAGAUUGGUUCAAGAAGAAAGAUGAAGACCAAAGGGAACGAUUACUGAAAACACCCAAAGGGUUUGGCUCGAUCUCUCGUCGCCAUUCCCGUAAACCUAUGAUAGCUGCAGUCGAUGGACUCUGUCUUGGGGGUGGUUUGGAGCUUCUACUCAACUGUGAUCUGGUGAUUGCGACAGAGGAAAGUACAUUUGGCUUUCCUGAAGUAAGCAAAGGAGUGUUGGUCGCUCAAGGUGGCAUACCCAGGCUGCUACACCACUGCGGCAGAAGUCUGGCCUCAGAGCUUCUUUUUCUUGGUCGUUCGAUUGAUGCAAUCACAGCACGUGAUCGGUUUCGGAUCGUUAACGAGGUGGUACCCACAUCAGAAGACCUCAUGCCAGCGGUCCUGAAGAUGUCAAAACAGAUCAUCUCCAAUUCGCCCGCGGCUGUUCAGCUGACCAAACUUGCCUUGGUCGACACGUUACGUCGGGGUCAUCGAAGCUUCUUGAGGAAAGGAGAGCUUAUCAAAUUAGAGGAACUUGAGAGUGAGAUCGGCAACGGGAUCGAACAAAGUACGGUCUCAACCAUCCUCAGAGACGAGUUCGAGGAUUGGUUUGCUGGCCCUGAUAUGCAAGAGGGUCUCCAGUCGUUUGUCGAAAAGCGUAAACCUAAAUGGACUGACCCAGUCAAGAAGAAACCCAGGUCUAGCAAACUCUAG